UUAUUUUGGUUUGGCGUUUUUGUUCGUCAUUCGAAUGAUUACAGGGUUUAUUCGUGUAUUGUCUUUUGUGCCUUGAUAUCAUAUCGCUAUAACUCGACACGUUUGCUUACAGGUAUUAUUUCGGAACGGUGCUGCAGUUCCAGAUCCACAAGGCGAUGUGCUUGGCAUCCGGACAGUACAGGCCCAACGACCCGAACAAAUUGUUACACAAGUGCGACAUUUACCGGAGCAAGGAGGCAGGCGCCAUAGUUAAGAAAAUCAUGGAAUCCGGAUCAUCGGAAAAUUGGAGGGAUACUUUAUCACUAGCGAUUGGUGAGAACAAACUUGACGGUUCAGCUCUGAGAGAAUUUUUCCAACCACUCGAAGAAUGGUUACGAAAUGAAAACCUCAGGACAGGCCAGUUUAUAGGAUGGAAUUACGAUGGAGAUUACUGUAAGCAUAGUAUUGAAACGGCUAAUCUACAGGUUUAUGGAGGAUUUUACAAUGGCGCUAAUUCUCCAGUAACGUCGACUUUAGUGUUAAUAUCUUUACUAUCAACAUUGUUAAUAUGCGUUAAUAGAUAUUUAAUUUAACGAAUUUUAUAUAAAAAAAAUAUGUUGUACAAAGUUAUAUUAAUAUUAUGCAUCCAUGCUUACAAUUAUUAGCAUCUAUUACUCAAAAUAGUGGCACUAUAGUUUCAGUCAACGAAAAACAAGUUGUUCUUAAUAUUCCUUCAUCAUAAUUGAAUAGUACUUUUGUUUUUUUCUAAACGAACUAAUCCCAUUAAGUUAUGAAUAUAAUAUAAUAUUUUUUGCUUUUACAAUUUAAUGUAAUAAAAAGAAAUGACAAUAUAACUUACCCAACUUUAAUGGCCACAUGAUACUAUAAUAUUAAUCUAUUAUAUAUAAUAAAUAUCUUAAUAAUCGAUCUAUGCUUCUAAAGUUAUACAUAAUAUAUAACUAAAAAAAAAAAUAUCUUAUUAUAACACAAAUAAUAAUUAUUUUUAUAUUUUACUAAUUUAGUUUUAUGAACUUAUAAAGUCAUAACUUUGUAUUACUUCUUUAGCUUUAUUUAUGAUUGUAUUUUUAUAACAUGUUUUCUAGUUUUAUGGAUAUUAUUAGACUGUAAGACUGGAGCGAAAAAUUAUUGAGCUUUUUUUAGAACAAUAUAUACUACUUAAAUAUAUCGUUUUAUAAAUGUUGUAAUUAAUAUAAUAUACUUUACCAUUUAAAGGCAUGACAAUUUAUAUUAUAGGUGAGUUUUAUAAAUUAAUAUAUUUGUAUGUUAAUAGUAUUCAAAAUACUUACAAAUAAUGUUAUUAAACAACGUUUGUAAUACUGUUUAGAUUGUUAUUAGACAGUUAAUUUUCCGCUAUUAUUAUAUGAAGGAAACGCAAAAAAAUGUCCAAUAAAAAUUUAUAUAUUGUGAUUUGUGAAGAUGUUUCAUAUAAAAUAACCAAAAAAAAAAAUAUAUUUUUUAAU